GUGUGGGGGUGUAUGUAUGUGCACUUAUCUGUGACCUCUGAACUGUCGAAGCAGGGUAUGAAAAGGCCAGAAAGAUCCAAGCGCAUGUCGGUCUGAAUGUCCAUGAAAAGUGUGCUGGGGUACAUGCCUGUUACCACAUCCAUGUGUGUGUGUGUGUGUGUGUGUGUGUGUAUGUCAAAGAGCACAUCCAGACAAAGGUCCCAUUCCCACAACUGUGUUGUUUCCAUAAUUUACCAGAAAUAGCAGCUCCACUCCGAAAGUAACUGCGGGAAAAUCACGGCAGACACUGACAUACCGAGGAAGCAAUGGAGGGAGCAGAGGGCAGGAGAGAAGGUGGACGGAGCGGACGUGGUGGCGGCGCUGGGGCCGGGCGUCUCUCGGCCCUCCAGGAGCAGCUGCUCUGGUCCUUGCUCAGCUCCGGCCUCUCCCGAGAGGUGCUGAUCCAAGCCCUGAGCGAGCUGGAGCAGGAGAGGUCCACUACAGGGGCCGGAGGAACAGCCACCGGCGGCAGCAGCGGCGGUGUGGACAAGACGGAGAGGGGAGAUGGCGAGAGUUCCGAGGAGGGAGAGGAGUUCCCUCCCAUUUACCGCGAGCUGGAGCAUCUGCCACCCGAGGAGGCAGCAAGGCAGCGUGCCGAAGUGGACCAGCUGCUGCAAGCGGACCCCUGGAGAGUGGCCAAGCUGGUGAAGAGCUACAUGCUGCAGCACAACCUUCCCCAAAGGGAGGUGGUUGAGUCCACAGGCCUGAACCAGUCCCACUUGUCCCAGCACCUUAACAAGGGCACGCCCAUGAAGAACCAGAAGCGUGCCGCGCUCUACAGCUGGUACGUCAGGAAGCAGUGCGAGAUCAAUCAGCAGUUCACCAAUGCGAGUCGAGGCAUGGGGACAGGGGAGGAGGCGGGAGAGGAGGGCAGAAAAGGCAGGAGGAACAGGUUCAAAUGGGGCCCUGCUUCCCAGCAGAUCCUCUAUCAGGCCUACGAACGACAAAAGAACCCCAGCAAGGAGGAGAGAGAGGGCCUGGUGGAUGAGUGCAACAGAGCUGAGUGUCUACAGCGUGGGGUGUCCCCCUCUCAGCUGGCGGGUCUGGGCUCUAACCUGGUGACAGAGGUUCGGGUGUACAACUGGUUCGCCAACCGCCGCAAAGAGGAGGCCUUCCGCCACAAACUGGCCCUGGACACGCCCUAUAGUAGCCAGUCAGCGCCCACCGGUGCCUACACACUGUCUGCCAGCCCUAUGCAAGGACUGAAAUAUGGUCAUCCGGUGAUCUGUGAGAAUCUGGUGUCUGUGAGAGGGGCUGGAGGAGCCAGUGGGGGGGAGCAUGGCCACAGCACAGCAUCAGCACGGUUGGCCACACCCGAGCAACUGGAGCCCAGCCACAACCUGCUCGAUGCAAACCAUCACAAACAGGUGUCAGGGGGAGGCUCUCUCCCUCCAGUCAGCACACUGACCUCCCUGCAUGGAGUCUCCAGGUCGUCCACCCCCCACCAGAGCCUCAUCAUGGCCUCACUCCCCAGCGUCAUGAGUCUGGGGGACUCGUCAUUACUGAUUGGUCUGGCUUCCACCCAGCCUCAGACAGUUCCUGUCAUCAACAACGUAGGGGGCGGGUUUACCACCCUUCAGCCAAUCUCCUUUCAGCAACAGCUACACUCAUCCUCCCAGCAGUCAAUCACCCAACAGCUUCCAGGGCAUCUUGCAUCCAGUUCCUUCAUGGCCACCAUGGCUCAGCUUCCUUGCCACAUGUACAGCAAGUCUGAUCUCUGUGCAUACACCCACUCGGGCCUGCUGCCUCAGGCCAUGGUCAUCACAGACAGCAGCAGCAGCAUCGGAACACUCACCAACCUCACUGCAGUGAGACAGAUAUUUACAUCAGAUCCUGAGGAGCAAGAGGGGCCCAUCACUGAGGACUCCAUGCAUCUACAGUCAAACUCCCCUGUACCAGUAUCUUCUGGAGGUUUGGAUCUGUAUCCGUCAUCUCAGUCCAGUGAGCCCCAUUCGUCUCACCUCCUGUCCUCUCCACAAGCAGACGUCGACCCCUACAUACCUGCACAGAUGGUAUCUACUGCUCAGUAG